CAAGCCGCCAGCAAGAAUCGCCCUUUCCCGCUGCAUCCGUUAUCGCAGAAUCCAUUGGUUACGCGCGACGACUUUGCCGCAGCUUGUGCUUCGCUAUUGGAUCCUUUGGAAGCAGGAUUCAGUCCAGAGAGGGCAUUGGUCAGAGUCGGAGGUUCUGGGACAAGAUUCGAUGAGACAGCAGCUCAGAUUGAAGGAUUUGCUCGCCCACUAUGGGGUCUCGCACCACUGCUUGCUGGAGGAUCAUACAGCAAAUCAGAACUCUGGGUGAAGGGUAUGAUCGCUGGUACGGAUCCCGAAAGCCCUGAAUUCUGGGNNGGCAACAUGGAAGACCUGGACCAGCGUAUGGUCGAAUCAUGCCCUAUCGGAUACACUCUCGCUAUUGCCAACAAAGAUUUCUGGGACCCUUUGACCGGUAAACAGAAAGAAAAUGUUGCGAAUUGGCUGGGAAGCAUGAACGACAAGGAGAUGCCAAACACGAAUUGGUUGUGGUUCAGAGUAUUCGCUAACCUUGGCUUGAAAGCCAACGGAGCUCCAUACUCGGAAUCUCGCCUUGAGGCCGAUAUGGACCAUCUAGACACAUUCCACCGAGGUGAUGGCUGGUCAAAUGAUGGUCCAGCAGGCUACACCNAGAUGGACUAUUACUCUGGUUCAUUCGCCAUCCAAUAUCUUCAGCUGCUUUAUGCCAAGCUUGCAGGUGACUCUGACCCAAAGAGGGCAGAAGAGUACCGCGACAGAGCCCGCAAGUAUGCUCUGGACUUCGCACAUUACAUGGAUCCUGAAGGUCAUGCUAUCCCAUUCGGACGAAGUUUGACAUAUCGCUUUGCAACUGUAGGCUUCUGGUCCGCCGUAGCUUUUGCAGAAGUUGAACUGCCUGCUCCGCUGUCGUGGGGCGUGGUCAAAGGCAUGCUUUUGCGUAACUUGCGAUGGUGGUCCAAGCAUCCAGAUAUCUUCCAGCCGAACGGUAUGCUGAACAUUGGUUACACAUACCCAAACUACUACCUGGCCGAGAACUACAACUCUCCUGGUUCGCCGUACUGGUGUAUGCUGGCUUUUGCUCCUCUAGCACUACCGAAAGAGCAUUCAUUCUGGACCUCGAGGGAAGAGCCGCAUCCCUUCAAGUCGACGACUCCUUCGCUUCCGGAAAUCAAGGCCCUGAAGUAUCCCUUACACAUUAUGGUGCAUAAGGCUGGACACACGUUUUUGCUCUCCUCAGGCCAAAAGUGCCACUAUCCCCUCAAGUCUACCCAAGCCAAGUAUGGACAUUUCGCAUACAGUGCUUCUUUCGGCUACAGUGUGCCAACAGGUGGCUACACCAUUGAGCAGUACGUUCCAGAAUCUGCCUUGGCUCUGAGUGAUGAUGGAGGCGAGAUAUGGAAGAUGCGCCGGGACGUCGAGAAUGCCGAGUUGAACACCAAGGAUGGUUCGCCAUACUUGUACUCGGAGAUGAGGCCUUGGUCAGAUGUCAAGGUCUGUACUUGGUUGCUCCCUCCUACUGACGAGGCACCUUCGUGGCAUCUGCGUGUGCACCACAUAAAAUCGGGUAGAGGUCUACAGAGUUACGAGGGCGCAUUUGCUAUCAAAGGCACGGCGAAGAGUACUGGACGUGCGCUGGGCGUCUUGUCCUCUUCAUCACCAAACGAAGGUAUUGUGGCCAGCCAAGCAUCCGCCUUGACAGUGUCAGAGGCUGGUGCUGUUGGUAUUGUUGACUUGAAAGCACCAAGAUUCGGCAAGGUGCUCGAGGUCGAUGCCAACUCCAAUCUGAUUGAAGCCAGGACUGUGCUUCCUUCGCUGGGUAUGGACAUUGAGCCUGGCAAGGUUGUGUACUUGGUCACAGCUGUUUUCGCUAUGCCGGCUUCCGAAGGUUGGACAGAGAAAUGGCGUCAAGCAUGGGAGAAGAAGCCAGUGCUUCCUAGUUGGUUGGAAGACGCUAUGAAA